UGUACAAGCAGAUUCUCGAACAGAAGCGCCCAUUUCAGCAGUGCUUUAUCAAAACAGUUCUUGAAUCCUAGCGGUUCAGCUAGCUGCUUCUAUCAAGAACGGCUUGUUAUUGAGAUGGACGACAACAGUUCUUGGGCGGACAGGCCUCGGGGGCCAAGCGGCAAUCCUCAGGCAUCGAAAUCGCCAGAUGCGCGCAAACGGAAGAGGGAGUUGGAACAAGAGCUUCUUGACCUGAAGAUGCAGAUUGCCAAGGUCGAGGAGAAGAAGAAGCAGAUUGGUGUACAGGAGAUCCCACAGGCGGAAGAACGAGCCCAGCCAAGUGGCGAAGGCCCCUCUGACUCUGAAAUUGGCGCCAGAAAGAACCGGUCACUUACCCCCGCCUUCAAGCCGCGCCUCAUGCUCACAAAGACCUCCGCUGCCAACCGUGUUUGGGGCGCAGCUGGAAGAGCUUCGCCCAGUCUUCCCCCGCCCGAAGUAUCAGACCGCACCGCCCUGCUAGAGGGGGCGGCAGCUUCCGAGCCUGGGGCUCCCCGCCCUGGUUCAGCAGAGCCCCAAACCAGUCCCGCCUCAGCAGCAGGCACUCCCCUUAGCCGGGAGGUCUCGCCGUUCUCAGAGGGACCACUUGGAGGGGGCGAAGACGCCGACGGGCAGGCAGCUGCAAAACGUAAGCGAUACCCGCCCACCAAGGGGGUUGAGGUGGGCCGGCCGAGCUGGCUGCCGGAGGGGUGGAGAGUGGAGGAGAAAGUACGCGGGCAAGGCGCAACGGCAGGGACCAAAGAUAAAUACUACUUCUCUCCCGAGGGCAAGCGUUUUCGAUCCCGUGCUGAGAUCCAGCGCUUUGUCGAGAGUGGCGCUCUGCCGGCGGUUCCUAGAAAAAAGAAAGAGGGGGACGUCUCAGCCCCCAACAGCCGCCCGGGCACACCCGUUGGGUCGCCACUUGCAAACCGUCCGUUCGAUGCCACACCCGAGGACAUCCAACGGCUAUUAAGCGGUGCCGCUGCAGGCACCCCCAGUCAAUCAGCAGUGCCCAAAAUCCCGAGCCGUCAGAAAGCAGGAGGCAUCGCGCCUGGCAUCCCUCCUCUCAUGUCAAAUAUGAACCUACAGAUGGAUCCCCGAUUGGGCACCUUGCCCCAAAGUUUUCCUGGGCCAUGGCCAAUCGCUGGCCCAGCCAGAAAGGACGCCCCCCUGUGGCAGCAGCCUCUCCUGUUUCCCCCGAGUGCUUUGCCUCAGUACCCCGGCCAGCAGCCGCGGCAGUCCCCUCUCGCCCCGCAGCAUCCUGGCCUGGACCCUUUUGGCCGGGCAGGAGCGCUUCCCUUGUGGCGAGGACAGCAACCUGGCCAGGCAUUCGGUAUUGGAGUACCGGACGUACUUGACCAUAGGCGAGCUGCGGCAAAGCAGAAAGUCAAAAAGCCGAAAGUGCCGCAGCGGCGCUUGUUGGUUGCGGACCGGUUCCAUCUCGAGAGCCUGGGGAAGAGGCUGGUGAAAGAGAGGCUAGCGAGCCUACUGCAAGAAGGGACGCGGCAGAGGCAAGGGGAGAGGGAGAACCAAGGUGGGCAAAGGAGCCUCUCAAAACAGCACGAGCUUAGUGGUCCCCCUAUUGACCCUAUGUGAAGGGGCGUUACAUAUUCUCCAAGGUUAUAAUAUGCUGUUCCAUUCAAUGAAGAUUCCUAGUUCAUGAAUGUAGCACGAGUCUCAGGAUGUGCAGAAUACGAGUGGGUCAUGCAUUCACUGCGGCAUGCAAUGCACGAGGCUGCGG